CAUGUAGAAAAUUAAAAAAACUAUAAGUGCAAUUUUUUUAAAUAUUUUUUUUUUAUAAUUUCGCGCUUAAAAAAAAUCCAAAAAUUAUUCGACGUCGGCUAACUUCAGUAUCAUUUUUUUAGCCUCUAACCUCACAAGCUCACGUUUAUAAUUUUCUUAUAAAAAUAAAUAAUAUAAAUUAACGUUUCUAUUGAGAUAAAAAUUGUUUUUAUAUAUUUUGUUGAUAAUUAAUAAUUUGAAUAAUUUAAAAAUUACCGCGCAUUUUUAAAUAACAGUAAUUAAUUAUUAUUAAUAUAAGAUGCAUUUAAUAAAAAAAAUAAUGCACACAUAUAUACCCCGACAAGUUAUCAGGACAAAUUAUCGUGACAUUUCGAAAUUAACAGGAAUGAAAAGAGUAAAUAAACCAACGACUUUGCAGUUACUAUCAAAAGUAUGGAGUGGACAAUCCGGAGUACUGGCCGGUAAACAGGCUGAAGAAAAAAUGACUUCAAUAUUGAGAAGUAAAUUUCCAAAGGCUCACACCAUUGAAGUUAAUGAUAUUUCUGGAGGAUGUGGAGCAAUGUUUGAAGUAAAUGUUAUAACGUCUGAAUUCAAUGGACUAAGUACUGUUAAGCAACACCGACUUAUUAAUGAUACUCUGAAAAACGAGAUAAAGGACAUGCAUGGCAUAAGAAUCAGCACCGGACUACCAGAAGCUUCAUGAUCAUUCGUGAUUUAAUUUAUCAAACAAUCAAAGUAAUUUUAAUUUAUAUAUUUAGUGUGUAGAUAAAUUAUCAAUGUAAAUAUUAAGACUUUUGUUUAAAAAUAAAUUUUCAUUUAUUCCUUC